AUGCGUGACAACUGCGGUACGACUUUCGGGCGGGGUUUGCCGCAGGAUUCAGGGCUGUGUCCCAAUUCCGAGCCCUCAUGCCAAGCUCAACAAGUGAUUCGGCUUGGGUUCCUCCUACCGUAUCCUGAUGGCGACUCCGCCGUUCCGCAACGACUUGCCGAUGAAUGGAUCUCAGCCGUCCGUGUGGCUCUGGAGGUGCUGGGACCCCAGUACGAGAACAACUUCGUCGUCGAGCCGUUCGUCCAAAACUCCGCAUGCGACGCCGAAGUUGCCGCUCAGGCUGCACAGCGGCUAGUCUACACGAACGUGGUCGGCGUGGUGGGUCCCGCGUGUUCCGAGGCUGUGAAGGGCGCCAAUCCCGUGCUCAAGGCGGCCGGAAUUCCGUUCGUUUCCUUCGCCGCCACUGCCGACGGCUUCUCCAGCGACGUCGAGUAUCCUACCUUCUUCCGCACUGUCUUUCCGGACGCGGACCAAGCGACCGCCAUCAAGUCCGUGAUUGAGCACUUCAACUUCGACCAGAUUCACCUCUUCUAUUCGGACGAGAUUUAUGGCACCUCGCUCGCUAAGAGCAUCAAGAACAUUAUGGGCGGCCAGCGCGUGCUGAAACCGAUCAAGAUCCCGUAUCCGGUGGACCCCACCGCUCUCGACCAGUACUUCGCCAACAUGAAGCCCAGCAACGCGUCCGUCUGCGUCUUCGCCACGCUGCCCAACGUCGCCGAGGCCCUGUGGGAAACGGCGUUCCGCCUGGGCCAGACCAAGUUCCCGUACUGGUACCUGGGAGCUGAUGGUGCCGUUGCGUUUGACCUCGUUGGCGAAGGCAAGGACCUAUCCAACCUCACACACGCCCUUCAGGGAGAGAUUGGCGUCGGGCCUUACAAGGGCAACUACCAUCCGCGCACGUCCCCCUUCAACCAGUUCAAGGACUUCUGGGCCACCAAGACGCACGAGGAGUACCCUGGGCUGCUCACGCUCGAUGCCUCCCCCCGGUUCACCGAAGCUCGCGCCUACGUCACUAACCUGAUUGAUUCCAUCUGGGCAUUCUUCGUAGCUUUCAACAACAUUGUUGUCAACCAAGGCAAGGAGGUGACGGCGCCACUGCUGCUGGACUGCUUCCGAGGCAUCCCUACCCAGUGUAUCGCCUUCAACGGCGCCUCGGGCACCGUCGCCUUCAACAGCACCACGGGGGAGAGGCAGACGGAGGCUUCGGCGCCCCAAUACGGCUUCUACAACCUCAUUGACGUCACCUGGAAGGAGAAGAGCAAGUGGGUGCUGGGCAGCUACGACAUUAACCCCAACCUGUACUACAUUGAGCGCCCUGGCCCGCUGCCGCCCACCUGGAAGGUGGAUCUCAUGAAGCAGAUGGCCGCCCAGCCCGCCGUCAUCCCGGCCGGCAUCAACAAGCCGCAGGCCAUUUCGGAUACUUUUGACGACCUGCCCGGCGCCAAGGAGAAGGAUUACAAUACCACCACUACGAAGGCGCCUGCACCCUCUGGUGGUGGCGGCGGGCCGAGCACGGGAGCCAUUGUUGCUCUUGUACUGGUCAUUAUCGUGGCCAUUGGAGUGCUCGGAUACGGUGGAUGCAACAGCAGCAGCGGAAGCCGCGUCCCCCCCUCCUGCGCGCCCGGAUCCGCGCGGUUUUCCCCCGCCGGGCGGUGCGCUGCCUCCCCCCGCUCCGCCGUUCCCUGGUCCCCGACGAGCUCCCCGUGUUCCGCACCCCCAACUCUUUCCCGCGCCGUGCGCUCCCCCGCCGCUUCCGCCUUCCCCUGUUCCCCCGCAAAACCUGCCGACCCGUUCGGGCUUGCGAGCCCUCAAAGCACGCCGAGCGAAACGCCGCGGGAUAUGGUUGCUCCGUCGCCAAGGGCCCGCGGGAGUGGCGCUUUGCGGGGAUCCCGCGGAGGGGGCGCGGAACCCCGCGGAAUGCCUCCGCCUGUGCGCGCACACCGAUCGGGCGAGUCGGCGGGGGAAGCGGUGGUGGCCAAGGUUACCGCGCUUCGACUGGAUGAUGUGGCGGAGGUUUAUUCGUCGGAUGAAGAAUUUCUGGACAUGUUUUGCGAACGCGACUCUGACAUUCGCGAUGACUUUCGCGAACAAGGAGUGCUCGACCACACUGGCGGCUCGCACGGCGUCGCAGUGCAACACUCGUCGACGGUGGUAACAAGCCCCUCUGCGACUGGUGCGACUGGUGCGACUGUGUCCAGAUCGCCGUCGAUGUCGCAGUUGUCGCAGCGCCUCGUUAUACCGCAUUCCCACACCGUGCCGCUUCCGCCGCCGUCUCCUGCGGGCCCGCGGAGGGCGCUGCGGAAGGCCUUUAGCCACAACGACGAGAAGAACGUCCGCGCGAUUGGCGGAAACGGUCGGCGCAACUCCCGCUUGGCGCAGGCGAAGGAGGGUGGCGCAACUCCCACGCAGGCGGGCGGGUUUCACUGCUACGCGGUGGAGGAGUCCCCGCGCAUCCCCGCGCGUAGCCGCGCGGAAGGGUCCGCGGAAGUUUUUGCGGAAGGGCCCGCGGAAGGUUUUGCGGAAGCCUCCGCGCACAGAGGCGUGGGGGUUAAUCGCAACGAUGGCGGUCAAGAUCUCGCGCCUUCGCAUGACGGAACGUGGAGUAAUUCUGACGAAGCCGAAGCUGCUGGUCCGGUUCGGCAGGUGGUGAAGCUCGGGUUUCUGCUGCCCUACCCUAAAGCCGACCACGUCAUUCCCGUGCGCCUCGCUGACGAAUGGAUCGCAGCCUCAAGAGUGGCUCUGGAAGUUCUAGGGCCCAAAUACUCUGACGCCUUUGACGUGGUGCCACACAUUGCCAACUCAAACUGCGAUCGGGAAGAGGCGAAGGAGGCAGCGCAGGGAAGGGGUGGUGGGCGUGAUGGGCCCAGCGUGCACAGAGGCAAGGCUGGGAGCAGCAGAGAGCUAGAUUACAGCGUUCCCACCCUGUCUUUGCAUGUGGAUCCCUCUUUCCCAUUGCAGCUGCUACUAAGGGACGGGGUGGUGGGCGUGAUGGGCCCAGCGUGCACAGUGGCAGCGCUGGGAGCAGCAGACGUGCUGGUGCCUGCUGGUGUUCCAAUGGUGUUUCUCUGCCCCUCUCCAACCCUCUCUGCCCCUCUGCACGCCUGUCCCUGUCCCUGCCUGUCUCUGUGUGGCCUGUCCCCCUCACAGCUGUUGCUACAAGACGGAGUGGUGGGUGUGGUGGGCCCAGCGUGCACAGAGGCAGCGCUGGGAGCAGCAGACGUGCUGGUGCCUGCAGGUGUUCCCAUCUCCCCUUGCACCUCUCCACCCCUCUCCACCCCUCCCCGCCCCUCUCCACCAUUUCUGCCUGUCGCCCUUCCAGUUGUUGCUACGAGACGGAGUGUUUUGAGUCGACUCAAAACAGCAGACGUGCUCAUGCCUGCUGGUGCUCCCAUCAUGUCGUUCGCUUGGAUUUCGGGACAGGGAGGGAUUCGGCUCCUUCUUCCGAACUGUGUGAGUGCAGGGGUUUCUGUGGGAGUCAAGGUAGGGUUUAGGUUCGGCGACAGGCACCAGGCAGCGGCCAUGCGCUCUCUGCUUCAAGAGUUUGUGUUUGAUCGAGUUAUCCUGUUCUUCACAGAGGACACAUAUGGCUCAGCGCUCGGCUAUGACAUUGAGUAUUUCGCUCGCAAUGACAAGCUGACAGUCCACAGCAUACCCGUCCCAGUGCCCUGCCUCAACUACUCCUCUCUCUUCCUCAACCUCACCGAUCCAAGCCCCACCAAGCCGUUCAUUCAAGCCGAUGACUCCACAGUGGUGGUACUUGCCGUCUCACCCAAUGCGGCAGAAGGAAUUUGGCGGGCGGCCCUAGAGCUGGUGAGUGAUCUGGUCUCUCCAAUCCGCUUCCCGCCCCUCCCAACCCCUCCAACUACUCCUCUCUCUUCCUCAACCUCGCCGAUCCAAGCCCCUCCAAGCCGGUCAUUCAAGCCGAUGACUCCACAGUGGCUGCUCAUUCAAGCCGACGACUCCACAUUUGUGGUCCUCGCUGUCUCACCCAACGCAGCUGAGGGCAUAUUGCGGGCCGCUUUGGAUAGUGUGAGUAGAGAGCGGUGUUGCUUAGAAUCCUCCAUGAAAUUCGCCCCUCCAAGCUGUUCAUCCAAGCUGUUCAUCCAAGCUGUUCAUCCAAGCUGUUCAUCCAAGCUGUUCAUCCAAGCUGUUCAUCCAAGCUGUUCAUCCAAGCUGUUCAUCCAAGCUGUUCAUCCAAGCUGUUCAUCCAAGCUGUUCAUCCAAGCUGUUCAUCCAAGCUGUUCAUCCAAGCUGUUCAUCCAAGCUGUUCAUCCAAGCUGUUCAUCCAAGCUGUUCAUCCAAGCUGUUCAUCCAAGCUGUUCAUCCAAGCUGUUCAUCCAAGCUGUUCAUCCAAGCUGUUCAUCCAAGCUGUUCAUCCAAGCUGUUCAUCCAAGCUGUUCCUCCAAGCUGUUCCUCCAAGCAAUGACUCCAUGCCCUAAACCGGAAUCCCUGUCUGAUUUCAACCGCCCGACCACCCCUCCAGGUCAGAACCUGUCAGCCUUGGCGUCAGCACUGCAAGGGGAGAUGGGAGUAGCUCCUUACAAGGGAGACUAUUCGGAUUCCUCUCCCAUAUGGGAAUAUAUAAUGCACUGGCGCACCAAGCGCCAUGACAUCUACCCUGGCUUGCUCACUCUAGACGUCGGGCCUUCACUCCCCCGAUUCAACACCACCCGCCAAUACGUGCCGUACCUGUUUGACGCCGUUCACGCCUUCUUCGAGGCCUUCAGCAGCAUUAUUUCCAACCAGAAUGCAGCACCCACCAAAGAGCUUGUGCUGGCGUGCUUUAAAGGCGUGCCGCGGGGAUGCAUCAACUUCACAGGAACAACAGGGCAGGUAUCCUUCAACCCAGCUACAGGCGAGCGAUUGAAGUCUGUGUCCCCACCGACCUACAGCAUUGUGAAUCUGGAGGGAGUGACGUGGCAGGAAAAGGCACGCUGGGAGGAGCGGCAUGUGGAUCGGUUUACUCUCGACCUCUCCCAAAUCUCCCGCCCAGGUCCCCUGCCCGGUGCUGCUGGUGCUGGUGGUAGUAGUGGUGGCAGUGGUGGUGGCAGUGGUGGUGGCGGUGGUGGUGCUGGUAAUGGCAGUGCAGGAGGGGUGAAGGAGGCAGAUGAUUACUCUGCCCCUGCUGCAUUCGAUGCGCUGAAUCAGGUCAGUGGGUUUAAGGGAGGAGAGGUGGGGGGAGAGGAGUAUGUGAGGAGGUAUAAUGGAGAUGGGGAGUGGAUAGGUGGGGGGAGUUGGGUUGGGGGAUUUGGGUUAGGGAGUGGGCUCGGUAGUGGAUUUGGCUUUGGGGGUGGUGGGGGUGGGGGGAUAAGUGGGGAUGAGGCGUUGGUUUUGGGUGAAGGGAAGGGGGAUGGAAGCGGGAGGAAGGGAGGAGAUGGAGGUGAUGGUAUGGUGGAUGCUGGCUUGGAUGAUGUGGAUACUGGUGCUGGUGAUGAGGGCCAUCAUAAGCAGUUUAUCAUGGCUGCUCUCGCGUGGGUCUCUGCUUCGGCUGCUGCCACUCUCUCGAGCUCGUUCGUCCAGACUUCUUCUCUGAAGUCGUCUGUGAAGCCCAUCAAUGUUCGCAGCACCCGUGCCGUCCGCAUCGUGGCUAUGGCCCAGCCUGAUCUGAAGAAGGAAAUUCAGGAGAAGAUCGCUGCUGCUCAAGAAACCUGCUCCGAUCCGAACUCCACCGCUGAGUGCGCUGCUGCGUGGGAUGAGGUGGAGGAGAUCUCAGCAGCCGCUGCUGAUCAGGCUUUGAAGCAGAAGCAAGCGGAUUAUGAGGAUCCGCUCGAGAAGUACUGCAACGAGAAUCCCUCUGAGGAUGAGUGCAGGAUUUACUCUGACUGA